CCCUUUCUUCUUCCAAAGCGCCGCUUCCUCCCUGUGGUUUUCGGUGGUGGCUCCGGCAGAGUUUUAACCUGCGUUUGGGAUGCAGCAGCCCGCGAUGGAGAACGAAGCCGAGCAGAUGGCAGGACCGGAUCCGGAGCUGGCGGCUACGAUGGGUUUCUCGGGCUUCGGAAAGAAAGCUCGAACAUUUGACUUCACUGCAAUGUUUGAACAAACCCGAAGAACUGCUGCAGAACGAAGUAGAAAAAUUCUUGAAGAACGUGAGAAAGAAGCAGCUGAGAAAGAAAAAGAAUCUGCAGGCCAGCAAGGAGGUGCCGAUUCAUCAGGGGGUGCAGGAUCACAACCAGUGAAAAAAGUAUCUUCCAGCAAAUCUUAG